AUGUACAUUUGUUUUGAUAAGUUCUUCUUUAUGAUAUAGAGUUUUAGCUUAUUAAACAGAAUAUAAACCAUUAUGGAUGCAGAUGAGAUCGAAAUACAUAUGUAUGCUCCUUUCUUCGGUGCUAUGGGAGCAUUUGCUGCUAUAACUUUCUCUUCAAUGGGAGCAAAUUUUGGAACUUGGAAAGCAGGCAGUACCAUUGGUACUGCCGGAGUAGUAAAACCUGAUAUAGUUAUAAAAUCACUUCUGCCUGUAGUCAUGGCUGGCAUUAUCGCAAUUUAUGGUCUUGUCGCUGCGGUUUUAAUAUCAAAUAAUAUUGCUUCUUCAGCUGAAGGAUACACUCUUUACAAAGGAUAUGUACAUUUUGGAGCCGGAAUCGCUGUUGGCAUGACAGGACUAGCUGCCGGAAUUGCAAUUGGGAUAGCUGGCGAUGCUGGAGUACGAGGAAUAACCGAAGAGCCUAAGCUGUACGUCGGAAUGGUUCUAAUUCUCAUAUUUUCUGAAGUGCUUGGGUUGUAUGGUCUGAUUGUAGGCCUAUUGUUGACCACAAAAGUUUAAGUAUUAAAAAAAGUUUUUUUUUCUAUCAAGAAGUUGAUCCUUACGUACACAUAAUUUAUCAAUUGAAUUUGAAUGCGUGAGAGCAGAGUUGGCAAAAUUGGAAACCAGAAUGUUCUGGAUUGGAAACCAAAAAUCUGUUAGUUCGGUUCCAGACAAAUGUCUAAGCGUAAAAAUAGUCACAAAGUUCUUUGAGUAUUAGAAAGAAUCAUAGUUACAAUUAAUUUUAGGUAAUUACUUUAACCCUGAUGGUAACAUUUAACGCAUUUUUUAGCUUUUAAAAAAUCGGUGUCGUUCAUGAAAAACUGUGCACUUAAACAUUAAAAUGGACUACACAUUAUAAGAUUUGAGUUAUGGCGUAUUGCUUGAUGUGACGAGGCUUUGCGGUUUCUUUCACAAUUUAUCUGGUGCCAAACGAAGAGAUGAUUAUCAUCAAAAUAUUCAUCAUAUUA